UGGCAUUAUAAAGCUGAUGUCGACAGGAUAGAUAUUGAAGGGCUGUGAAAGGAAGUUAGGAGUUAGGGCCUGCGUUGUAGAACUAGAAGCUUGCUGAGUUGUUUACCAUCAGUUUAACGAUUUCAAAUACAUUAUCAUGUCCCAGAUAAAGCAGUCAGAACCCAUCAAAUUCCCCUUCUAGGCCAUAAGAAAUUGUACUCAAGACUUCCACGUAAGAAAUUUGAUUGGAGUGGGUGGAUAUGGGAAGGUUUAUAAAGGAAUGCUCUCAUGGGGAAAUCAUGUAAACCAGCUAGUUGCUAUAAAACGGCUACAUGUAACCGAAGUGGGUCAAGGUACCAAAGAAUUCAACAGCGAGGUGACCAUGCUUUCAAAGUAUCCACACAAAAACGUCAUAACCCUUAUAGGGUUUUGUGACGAUAACAAGGAGAUGAUAUUGGUUUAUGAAUACGCAAGCCGUGGAAGCCUUGAUUCAUAUUUAACUGACACUACUAGACCCGAUAGACCAUCAUGGACACAACUUUUAAAAAUAUGCAUUGAUGUUGCUUCUGCAUUGGACUAUCUUCAUAAUCAAGUGUCACAAAACUACAGAAUAAUACAUAGGGAUAUAAAAAGCGCUAAUGUUUUGUUAGAUGAGAGUUGGAAUGCGAAACUUGCAGAUUUUGGGUUCGCUAAGAUAGGUCUAGCAAAUCAAGAUACCAGCUUUGUGAUCACCAAUGUCGCCGGCACAGCUGGUUAUUGUGACCCACAAUACCUUAAAACAGGUUUCUUAACAAAAGAGUCAGACGUCUAUUCUUUCGGUGUUUUUCUGUUUGAAGUUUUAUGUGGAAGGAUGGAGUGUGAACAACGUUACAAUGAUGAGAGGAGAUUCCUUCAUCAUUUGGCCCGGACCUGCUACAAAAAUGGAGAGAUAGACAAGAUUAUUGAUAACAGAAUACGGAAAGAUAUUAAACCUAGAACAUUGCUCAAGUUUUCAUCCAUAGCCUACCAAUGCUUGGAAAAAUCUCGGGAAAAACGACCUCCGAUUAUCGAGGUUGUAAUCCAACUUAACCAAAUUCAAUUAGAAGAUGAGACACAACAAGGGAAUACUACCCUUCGUUGCUCCCAUCGUCAUUGUAACCACCAAUCUCCGAGAGGUAGCCCUGAAAGAAGUAUAAGAAAUUAUGAGGAUCCUCCAAGAACGAUUCAACAUCAGGUCAAAGUUGAGUCGAGCCAAGUUGAAUAUGCUUUAACUAGCAAACAUCCUCCAAGAGGACCUCCAGGAUCCAUGAAUUGGUAAAUACAUACUGGAAAUGAGCGUCGUUUAGGGAGUUGGAACACCGUCAAGAUGUCCUCAACCCCUCAUCUUAAUGGUCACCUUCUUGAUUUAAUUUCAUGUUGCUGGGUGAUUUUAACACCUAUGGUAUGUCUCAUUGUUUUUUUUUCUUUUCUUCUUGUAAAACUUAUUUUUAAUUAUUUCUCAAUGUUUCUCAA